AUGGUCCGUGUUCGUGAGAAAUUUUGGAUUCCCCGACUUCGCCAAUUAGCGAGAAGAAUUAUCAAGUCCUGUUGGGGAUGUAAGUGCUUCCAAGUCCGAGCACUCGCCGUUCCACCACCAGAACUCUUACCUAAGGAAAGAACGGAGGGUUCUGCGCCUUUUGAGGUGAUAGGCGUAGAUUUCGCAGGUCCAAUUCGUUAUCGGAAGUCUCCACGAGUCGAGGGAAAGGCCUACCUAGUGUUGUACGCGUGCAGCCUGUCGAGAGCGUUACACCUGGAAAUUCUUCCAAACCUCAAAACUGUAACAUUUCUUGGCAGUCUUAAGCGUUUGAUUGCUUGGAGAGGACGACCGGCAAAGAUUGUCUCUGACAAUGGUGGCACGUUCAUAGGGGCGGCGCGAUGGUUAAAGCAGAUUCGAAAGGACGAAGUGCUUCACGGCUAUUUGGAAGAUGAACAGAUACGUUGGCAGUUUAAUCUAAGUCGAGCUCCUUGGUGGGGCGGACAGUUUGAGAGAUUGGUGGGAAUCUUUAAGCGAGCAUUUUACAAAUGUGUGGGAAAUGCUACGCUUUCGUGGAGCGAGCUUGCUGAAGUAGUUCUCGAUGUUGAGAUUCAACUUAAUGGUCGCCCUCUGUCCUACGUAGAAGAAGAUAUUGAUCUCCCACUUCUGACACCCGCCAGUUUUCUUUUCCAACGUACGAACCGUUUACCCGAGCAGGAACCCUGGCGAGAAGAAGACGUGGAUCUGCGCAAAAGAUCAAGAUAUUUGCGGUCGUGCAAGGACGCGCUUUGGAAGCGAUGGACUCGAGAGUACCUGGCAGCAUUACGUGAACGACACAAUUGCAAGCAGACGGACAAAACUAAAUCUCCCGAAGUUGGUGAUGUUGUAAUCAUACGCAGCGACGAAAGGAAUCGUGGAAAAUGGCCGCUUGGUAUCGUUGAUGAGCUGUUCCCAGGACGAGAUGGAAUUGUUCGCGCGGUCAAGUUGCCGUCCAGCAUCUUUACCCGUUGGAGUUAA